AAAUUAUGACAACUUUAUUGCGCCGGAAAUUCAAGAAAGGGCAAAACAAGAAUAGCAAAAUAAAUAAAUCAAGAAGGCGAUAAAACUAUAAAACCAACAAACAAACACAUCAACGUUGAAUGUGAUGAGUCACUCAUUCAAAAUUGAUAUCUGUAUAUCGACGACGAACAUGUGAAAGAUCCAAAUUUGGAGGUGGAUUCGUACGUAUUUGCUCACUCUCCAGAUCUCUACACUUCACUGCUCUCUCCUCGAAGAUCCUAUCAUCAUCAAUCUUUUCCGUUUGUGCCUGGUCCACUUCAACAAACAGUGCAAUAAUAAGCUUUCUUUGCUGUGGGAGUUGAUGUUAUCUCUGGCAUUCACUCUAAGAUGUUUAGUGGGAAGAGUCACCUACUCAAAGGGAGUGUAUCACUUGCCUUGGUUCUCCUCAUUCUUUUGGUGGUGAUACUCCUCGUUUCCGAGAAAAACCCUCUUCGUACUUCUUCUCUUUUUGACAUCAAAAGUCAGUUUUCACCUUCUUCUUCAGUUUGUAACUUUGCAAAGGGGAAAUGGGUUGAAGACAGGAAGAGACCAUUGUAUUCUGGUUUUGAGUGUAAACAGUGGUUAUCAACCAUGUGGGCUUGUAGAAUAAUGGGCAGACCUGAUUUUUCAUUUGAGCGUUACCGCUGGCAGCCAGAAGGUUGCAACAUGCCACAGUUUGACAGGUUCACUUUCUUGAAAAGAAUGCAGAACAAGACAAUAGCGUUUAUAGGAGACUCAUUGGGACGGCAACAAUUUCAAUCCCUAAUGUGUAUGGCCAGUGGUGGUGAAGAGAGCCCAGAUGUUCAAAAUGUGGGGUGGGAAUACGGUCUGGUGAAAGCCAAAGGAGCUAUCCGUCCUGAUGGUUGGGCUUAUCGGUUCUCGGCAACAAACACAACAAUCUUGUAUUAUUGGUCAGCUAGUUUAUCAGAUUUGGUACCGUUGAACAACACAGAUCCACCUCGUCUUACUGCAAUGCAUUUGGACCGUCCACCAGCAUUCAUGAGAAACUACCUUCAUCGUUUCGAUGUAUUGGUUCUAAACACAGGCCAUCAUUGGAACAGAGGUAAGAUAGAAGGAAAUCAUUGGGUGAUGCAUGUAAAUGGGACACGGGUCGAUGGUGGAUAUCUUAAGGAUAUCAGAAACGCAAAGGAUUUCACAAUACACAGCGUUGCAAAGUGGCUCGAUGCACAGCUUCCAUUGCAUCCGCGGCUGAAAGCAUUCUUCAGGACAAUUUCUCCGAGACAUUUUAAAAACGGAGAUUGGAAUACAGGGGGAAACUGUAACAACACGGUCCCUUUGUCUAGAGGAAGAGAAAUCACAGGCGAUGAUGGAUCUAUGGAUGCGACAGUUGAGAGUGCUGUGAAUGGGACUAGGAUCAAGAUUCUUGACAUAACUGCACUUUCUGAGCUAAGAGAUGAAGCUCAUAUCUCAGGGUCUAAACUGAAACCCAGGAAACCAAAAAAGGCGAGUAACGUGAGUGCAACUCCAAUUAUCAACGAUUGCUUGCAUUGGUGCUUACCCGGGAUCCCUGAUACUUGGAAUGAACUUUUCAUUGCUCAGAUUUGAAGUCUUCAACAUCACAAACGUUAGUUCACAGGAUUGUCUCUGUUGAUUCUUUGUUAUAGAAAGGUUUUGUUUUGUUUUUCAUAUAUAUAUAUUCAUUCUUUCUGGGAGAAGAAGAAAAGGUUCCGGCCAGUUCUUACAAAUAGGGGAUUUAGAAGGUUUUUCGAGUGAUACAUUUACAGAUAUAUGAUCCAUAUUGUAAUGUAAUGAUUGCAAUCUGGUUUUUAUUAUACACGAAAACAUUGAAACAAA